AUGCGUUUUGUGAUUUUUCUGUUAUUGUGGGGGGUGGCGUGUGCUUUUACAGCCCCUUGCCCCACAAAUGGGGUUGCGAAAAUGUGCGCUAAUUGGGGAAAUGUUGUGCUGUUGACUGUGGUGUUUUUCCACGCGGUUAAUGCUUUCCCUUCAAGACCAGACGAACGCAAUCUUGCGAAUAAUGAGAAGUAUCGGCUGUUGAAGGAGCUUUUGCCGGCGUUGCGGGAGAUGGCAGCCGAGGAUAAGUUCCAGGAGGAGAAGAGGAACAAUCAGGAGAUUAUGACGGCCUUCGGGAAUAUGAAGGAGUUGACGGAUAUUCUAAGAUCGGGAUAAUUGACAAUGGGAUUAUUUGGAUGUGAAUAAAUGAUUGAA